AUGGCUAAAGGAAAUACUCUAUUAGCUUUCAUCUGUGUCUUUGCAUGCAUCUCUCUCCUAGCCUCGGCUACCGAUGAAAGAAGGCAAAGCCGGUUGACUCAGGCCCAGCAAUGUCGUAUCCAACGGCUCACAGCUUCCCAACCUUCACAGAGGAUCGAUAACGAAGGUGGUUCGAUCGAAAUGUGGGAACAGAAGGACGAUAUGUUCCAAUGCGCCGGCGUAGCAGCUUUUCGUUACACCGUAAAAGCUAACGGACUCUCUCUUCCUCACUACCACCCAUCUCCCCGCCUACUCUUCAUUGAAAAAGGUGAGGGUUUGAUCAGCAUUAAUUUCCCGGGAUGCCCUGAGACUUUCGAGUCGGAAUCUGAGUCGAUGUUCAUGGGUAGACAGAGCAGUGACGAAAAGUCGGAGGGUCGUGAAGGAAGAGACUCGCACCAAAAGGUUCAUCGUGUUCGCAAGGGAGACAUCGUUGCUAUUCCAAGCGGCGUGGCUUAUUGGUGCUUCAACGACGGGACUCAAGAUCUUGUAGCCGUCGCAGUAAGCGAUCUUAACCAAAACGUAAACCAGCUCGACCAGCAGUUCAGAUCGUUCUAUAUGGCCGGUGGAAUGCCAAAACAACAACGACAAACUAGAUUUACUGCUCAUGAAGCUGAAAAGAAAGAAUACUUCGAGAAUAUUCUAGAACAUUUCGACACGGAGUUGAUGGCCGAAGCCCUAGAGAUGCCUGUGGAGCUCAUGCGAAAGAUCCAACAAGGAGAGCAAUCGAAGAAGGGAUUCAUCGUUACUGUUCGCGAGGGCAUGCGCAUGAUCAAGCCAGACGAGAGGGAACAACAAAACGGCUUGGAAGAGUCUUCAUGA